CGCUGGGGCUGGACCGGGACGGCAGGGCGAACGGACGGCUCUGCUGCGGGAACGGAACGCGCAUCCAGGAGGGCUCUGUUUUCCCCCCAUUCUGUUCUGUGUCCCCUUUUUUUCUUUCUCCGCUUUCCCUCCAGUGGACAUGAGGAGAUAAUCAGCUGAGGGCCCCGCUGCUGAGAGUUUUCAAGUUUUCAAAGCUUCAGGAGAAAAGAAGGAGAAGAAGAUGCUGGGGUUAGAGGCUGUCGUUCUCUGCCUUCUUUUUGGAGCCCUGACUCACGCACAGAAAGCAGAGUGCAGCAAGAAACAGGGUCUUUCAGAGACGCGAGAAUGUCCCAUAGACGUGUACUUCACCAUUGACACGUCAGAAACCAUCGCSCUGCAGGAGUCGCCUCCUGGAGCACUGGUGGAAAGCAUCAAGCAAUUCACUCGGCAGUUUGUGGACCGUUUAUCGGAUGAAGAACUCCGGGGUGUUGUACGGAUCAACUGGAAUGUCGGUGGGCUACACUUCUCCCAGAAACAAGAAAUUAUCAGCUCCAUUGGACCCAAGUCUAAUUUCAUCACUAGUCUCCUUAGGAUCAAUUACCUGGGAAAGGGCACCCACAUCGAUUGCGCAAUCAAAGCCAUGACCAAGGAGAUGCUGCCAACAUCCUCACGCAAUUCAAGCCUCCACUUUGCUGUGGUCAUCACAGACGGCCAUGUGACUGGAAACCCAUGUGGUGGCAUUAAGAUGUCAGCAGAGGAGGCUCGCGAUAAGGGCAUCCGUAUAUUUGUUGUGGCUGCAUCGGCAAACAUUGAAGAGACUGGGCUGAGGGAGAUCGCCAACUCGCCAGCUUCGGUCUUCAGGGACGACUACAUGGCUGUGGAUCUGAGCCAGGGCAGACCCAUUAUACACACUGAAACCAUAGAUCGCAUCAUCAAGACAAUGAAACAUUUAGCCUUUGUAGAGUGUCACAAAGUGUCCUGUCUGGAGACUGUCGGGCCUCCUGGUCCAAAAGGCCACAGAGGACAGAAAGGAGCUAAAGGAGACAACGGCGAAGCAGGACUAAAAGGAGCAAGAGGUCGUCCAGGAGACCCUGGUAUUGAAGGUCCCAUCGGUCAGCCUGGUAUCAAAGGUGAACCAGGUCAAAAGGGCGAGAAGGGAGAAAUUGGAACUCAAGGGACAAAGGGUGUGGCUGGUAUUCCAGGUCGCGAUGGAACAGAUGGACAGAAGGGUAAAAUUGGUCGAAUUGGUGCUCCAGGCUGCAAAGGAGACCCAGGCGACAAAGGUCCUGACGGUCAUCCUGGAGAUGUAGGUGAACGUGGUCCUCCUGGAACUGAUGGAGAGAAGGGUGAUCCUGGACGUCAUGGAAGACCGGGUUCCCCUGGCGAGCCUGGAGAGGCUGGACCAAAGGGAGAGCGUGGAAGUCCUGGAUCCCCUGGCCUUCCUGGAGAAAAAGGAAGCAUAGGCCAACCUGGACUGGCGGGACAGACAGGCGAGGAAGGAAGAAGAGGAGACUAUGGGCCAAAAGGAGCACAAGGGUUGCCUGGUGAUAAAGGAGAAAAGGGUGAAUCGGGUCCAGAGGGCCAAAGAGGUUUGGUGGGAGAACAAGGAGGAAAAGGACCAAAGGGCGAUGCUGGCCUGCCAGGACCGAGGGGACCACCAGGAUCACCAGGGGAGCCUGGAAGAAACGGUUCAAGAGGUGACCCUGGAGAUUCCGGACCAAGAGGAGAACCUGGAUUGCCUGGACCAAAAGGAGACACAGGAAGACCUGGCUUCAGUUACCCUGGAUCGAGAGGCCCAACGGGUAACAAAGGAGAAAAGGGCACCCGAGGAGCUCGCGGAAGCAGAGGAGACUGCGGACAAAAGGGGGAUCCUGGAAAUAAAGGAACUCCAGGAGAUCCAGGGGAGCCAGGUCCCCAGGGGGAGCCUGGACUGAGAGGACCAAGAGGAGAGUCUGGUCGUGACGGAGAUCCUGGUCCAGAGGGAGAUCCUGGUCUCACUGAGUGUGAUGUUAUGAACUACAUCAGAGAGACCUGUGGCUGCUGUGACUGUGAGAAACGUUGCGGAGCCCUGGACAUUGUCUUUGUUAUCGACAGCUCUGAGUCUGUGGGUCUCACCAACUUCACCCUGGAGAAGAACUUUGUCAUCAACACCAUCAACAGGCUGGGGUCGUUUGCCAAAGAUCCCCAGUCAGAGACAGGCACACGCGUCGGCGUGGUUCAGUACAGCCACAGUGGGACCUUCCAGGCAAUCCGGCUCAAUGAUCCCCAGAUUGACUCAUUGACGGCUUUCAAGGAAGCUGUAAAAAGAUUAGAGUGGAURGCAGGAGGAACGUGGACUCCAUCUGCACUUAAAUAUGCCUACGACAACCUGAUCAGGGACAGCCGCAGAGCCAAGGCCAACGUCACCGUGGUCGUCAUUACUGAUGGACGUUUUGACCCAAGAGAUGAUGAUACCCUCCUCACGUAUCUGUGCAAUGAUCCCAGUGUUGAUGUGAGUGCCAUUGGUAUUGGAGACAUGUUUGAGCAGUAUGAGGAGAGCGAGAGUCUGCAGAGCAUUGCCUGUCAGAGGGACGGUAGAGUGAUGGGAAUGAGGCGGUUUGCAGAUCUUGUGGCAGAAGAGUUCAUUGAUAGGAUUGAAACUGUGCUCUGUCCAGAGCCCACCAUUAUCUGCCCCGACCUGCCUUGCAAAUCAGAGCCAGCCGUGGCUAGUUGUGUCCAGAGGCCAGUAGAUUUGAUCUUCAUGCUGGACGGUUCAGAGAGAAUGGGCCUGGAGAACCACCGCAGGGCCAAAGAGUUCGUGGAGAAUGUGGCUCGCCAGCUCGUCCUGGCCAGCGGCCCGACCGAUGAGAGGAAUGCCCGCGUAGCUCUGCUGCAGUACGGCAGCCCCACGGAACAAAAGGUGGAGUUCCCGCUCACACAUGACCUCACGGUGAUCUCAGAUUCACUGGCAGGCGUGUCCUACAUGGAUUCAUCCUCUGCUUUGGGCAGCGCCAUCAUCUACGCUGUCAACAAUCUGGUGAUCAAAGAGAGCCAACGUUUAUCACGACGCAARGCGGAGCUCGCUUUUGUGUUCAUCACUGACGGCAUCACGUCCAGCGAUCAGCUAGAGGAGGGUGUGUCCGCCAUGAAGAGGGCAGAGGGCGUGCCCACGGUAAUCGCCUUGGGAGGCGACACGGACGAAGAGGUGCUGCGCAAGGUGUCACUGGGCGAUAGGUCGGCCAUCUUUAAAGGAGCUGACUUCAGCGUGCUGAGCAAACCUGCCUUCUUUGAGCGUUUUAUGCGCUGGAUAUGCUAGUGAGGACCUGCAYUGCUCUACAACACAGCGUUAGAAGUCGCAGAGUGACAGAAGGAACAGAUCCUUUAGUGUAAAAAACACACAGAGGCACCAGACUCUGUGAUCAUUACCAUUCCUGGAUGUGAAGCACUGAGAUGGCUGCAUAUCCUGUUGUUGUGAAUGAGAACCUGUUUACAAAAGUAAAAAAAUAAAUAAAUCAGGACCAACACAUUGAUUCACCCCAAACAAAAACACACACACACACACACACACA